UUAUAAUUUAUAGUAUUUUGCAACUGUAGUGAAAUUUCCCGACUGUCGGGCUGUUUAAAAUUCCGAUCUCUUUUUUUCCCACACUCACAAAUAUCACUCCAACAAAAUUUACUAUGUUCAUAUAUAUAACAACAUUUCAACAAGAUAAUACGGGGUAAUAGUUGUGGGGAACGACAAUGUAUAAGAGAAUACCGAUAAGGUUGACGUUAUCCCGCACGUAUAACUCAAAUAUAUACUAUCAAUCAAUAUCAUCCAUUAUAGUUCGGCCUCGACCUCGGUUUCAAUCAUCAUCUUCAAAAUCACCUAGCACCAAAACAACAUCAACAGCGAAUAGUACUAACAAUAAUAUCAAGAUUGAUGAUCCAAAGUUAAGAGAAAUCAUUGAAUCUACCAAUUUUGGAACAGAAGCUGUGGCUAAGAAGAAACGAGAGCAGGAGAAACAACAACGAGAAGAAGAAGAAGAAGCAGCAGCAAAAGCAAAGAAAGAAAAGGAAUCUGUAAACCAAUCAAAAGAUGGUGCCGUUGUUAUAGAGACUACAGUUGAUGUAAACAAGUCAUCUGAUAACGUUGAAAGUAAUGUCCUUCCUAACAAUAGUCAUUUCCAAUCAUCCAUACUAGCACAAGCUAUGCAAAAUAAUGAUAGUGAUAAUGAGAAUAAUAUUGUUAAAUCGAUAAAUGAAUCAAUUCAUCGAGAAAUCCGAAACUUGCCAUCUGAUAAAGAAGGAAGAAGAAGUCAUUUAUCUAAGCAGUUAGAGAAAUAUUUAGAUUCAAUUCAAGAAACGAUCUUUACUGCUACAAAAGCUUUAAAUGAUGUUACUGGUUAUUCAUCUAUUGAUACCUUAAAAAAAUCGAUUGAUGAUUUAGAAGCAGAAUUAAAAGAAGCAAGAGAUGAUGUUAGACAUAAGAAGGUGGCUUAUACUGAAGCUAUUCAACGUCGAUCAACUCUGCAGAGAGAAGUGAAUGAAUUAUUAACUAGGAAACAUAAUUGGUCUUCAAAUGAUUUAGAACGAUUUACUGAAUUAUAUCGAAAUGAUCAUGUUAAUGAACAAUAUGAAUCUGAAACAGAAGCUAAAUUAAAUGAAGUGGAAAAGAAAGUUGAUUCUAUCCAAUUGAAAUUAACUCAACUGAUCUUAACUAGAUAUCAUGAAGAACAAAUUUGGUCUGAUAAAAUUAGACGAGCAUCAACUUGGGGAACAUGGAUUUUAAUGGGAAUCAAUUUAUUGCUUUUUAUAAUCGCAACGUUUUUCGUUGAACCUUGGAAACGGAAAAGAUUAGUAGCGGCAUUUGAAGCUAAAGUUAUUCAAUUAUUAGAAGCUGUUCCUGAGAAGGAACAACAAGUGUUAAUUCCAUUGGUUGAGAAUAUAAAGCUGGAUAUUACAGAUAAAGUUGAUCAAGGAGUCGUAACAACUAUAGAUGAAACUAAAACUCAACAACAACAGGAACAAGAACAACAACCGAAGCAUAAUCAUACGUCAUUAGUAUUCCUUGGUACUACUUGGAAUACCAUCAUUGAUAAAAUUAAACAAAAUUAUGAUACAUUCAUUUCUCCUCAAAUCCAAACCUUAUCAAUCAACAAGUUAGAAUUUGAAAUAUUCUCAACCAUAGCUAUCUUAAUUGGUUGUGGGAUUGGAAGUUUAAUUACUUUAUAUUUUAAAUAGAUUAUUUAUAAAUAGACAUUUAGAAUCUUAUAACUUUUAUAUGGUAGCAUUACAUUUUCCUGCACAUAAGAUAUGGUCGUGUGCGGUUGUUCAAAAGUCGAUUUUUUCAAUUGCCACUCAAUUUGGUAACUAUCGAUAAAGUUUAGUUAGCAAGUAUCAACCACACAUAUCAAAUAGUCGAUUCGUAAUCCCUAUUCUAUCAAUCAUACAUAUACCAGAGUCAUCCCAUAUUUGAAUACUUACAGUUUGUCCUC